CUCUCCUUUUUACAUAUAUAUGUGGAAACUGCAGGUAUUUUAAGCAUAUUGAACAAAAGAGUAAAAGCAAGCAAUCGUAUAUUUUAGGCGCAUUGAGUAGCAGAUCUCACUUUUUUUUUAUUUCCUUAUAUGUAACAAGUUAAAUCAUGUGGUAUAUUUUCGUUUUACAUGUAUAUUUUUCUACAUUUUUUAUUGUUGUUUUUUUUUUAUGAUGUUUUAAAUGUAUUACUUCCUUUGCCUCCAGCGAAACAAAACACAGUCGCCUCUACAACCUGAAGUUCAAAUAAUGUGGGCUACUUUCCUUUUCUAUUCGUAUUUUACUCAACAAAUGUAUUCUUUAUAUUUUUGUAUGUUAUCAUGAGAUCAAGAAAUACUUCCUUUGUCUCUUCACCGAAGUAAAAUACAGUCGCCUCUAGAAGCACGAAGUGCUCGCUCACUUCAGGUUUAGAUGGCGUAAUGACACACGAGGAAGCUUCGUCCUUUGUGUUCUUCCAUUCCUCGAGACUCUUUGGCUUCCAUGGUGCAAUCCCGUGCACCAGCAGGAUGACCCACACUCCCGGGCUGCCCCAGUGGUCACUCGCCUAACACGGCGGGUCUCCAUGGCUGUUCUUCCUCAGGUUGGCCCUCAAGUACACAGCGGGCACCUCACAGAGGCUCCAGCAGCAUCUCUUCCAGCAGCAGGGAGGUUCCACAGCCAGCUGUGUAUGACAUUUACCCUCUGUGAUCUUCCUCCAAGCUGGCACUCCCUCUGGCCUCCAAAACACCUUGUGCAGGCCUCUACACAUCAAGAUAGAUGCUGUGGGUGUGAUACUGUCACUGACAGAUGCUCCCUCCUACUGAGCUCAACAGGGCUGUUGCCAUGUCCGAGGCCUCCUGAUACCUCCUCAGGUGGGAGAGAAGACAUAUCUUUACUGACCACACUUGCACAUGUCAAUUGUGCAAACAUAGCGAGGCUUGAAAAGUAGAAGUGGUUUACUUCUGCUAUACCAUCUAAGCAAGGUUUGUAGAGCAAAACUAAUUCUACAUAAGGCUGAAUGGAAGGCAUUCAUGAAUGCAGAAAUGAGGUACAGCUAUGAGGGCUUUUAAAGGUUUGCUUGCAUCAUCUGGUGUAGAAGUAAAGGGGAGAAAUGAGGUACAGCUGUAAGGGCUUUUACAGGUUUGCUUGCAUCAUCUGGUGUAGAAGUAAAGGGCAGAAAUGAGGUACAUCUGUAAAGGCUUUUACAGGUUUGCUUGCAUCAUCUGGUGUAGAAGUAAAGGGCAGAAAUGAGGUACAGCUGUAAGGGCUUUUACAGGUUUGCCUGCAUCAUCUGGUGUAGAAGUAAAGGU